GGUUUUAGUAUCUGGUCUCACUGCCUUAUCUCGAAGUGUUAAAAUUUAUAAAUUUAGCAACAGCCACAACUUUUCGACUUGGCAAAUUCCACCUUUGCGAAGGCGGGCGGGCCCAAACAAUCACACGCCACUCACGGGGCAGCGCGGCGCGGUAACAUAAAUUCUUAAGCAAGAAAAAGAAGAAAAGGAAAAAAGAAGAUACAUAUACUGAAAACAAGUACAAGAGUGUUGAAGUGUUGUAGUGUUGUUGUUUUGUUCGCUGUGAAUCGGAAAUGUGAAAAAAAUAAAAAAGAAACACAAAUCGAUUAAAUCGAACAUGCAGCUAUUUCAAAGUCACAGCUGAACACCACUUUAAUCAGUUGGUGUGUGUUGUUCGUUUUUCGUGAGUUUGGUGUUGGCUGUUGCUGGCUAAUACAAACAAAAAGAAGAGUGAGCUGAACGCGACGCUGACAACGACAGCGACGCUGGCAGCGACGGCUCUGCCGCGGAGAAAAUGUUUUCCGGACCCGGUAGCCAUGCCAUUAGCUAUAGCGGCGGGAUCAGCAUUGGGGGGGGAGGCAGUGGCCUGCACCAGGAUUGCGAUGGCUAUGACUUCACGAAGAACGAGAACGCGGCGCGUUGGCGUGGCCUGUUCAUACCCUCAUUGAGGAAGGUGCUAGAGCAGGUGCAUCCGCGGGUGACGGCCAAAGAAGAUGCCCUCCUCUAUGUCGAGAAGCUGUGUCUGCGUCUGUUGGCCAUGCUCUGCGCCAAGCCGCUGCCCCACUCGGUCCAAGAUGUGGAGGAGAAGGUGAACAAAUCAUUUCCAACGCCCAUCGACCAGUGGGCUCUCAAGGAGGCCAACGAGGCGAUCAACUCGAAGAAAAAGAAGUCCGUUCUGCCCACCGAGCGGGUACACACCCUGCUCCAGAAGGAUGUGCUGCAGUACAAAAUCGAUAGUUCGGUGUCCGCCUUCCUGGUGGCCGUCCUGGAAUAUAUCUCUGCGGAUAUACUGAAAAUGGCCGGCGACUAUGUGUGCAAAAUCUCGCACUGCGAGAUCACCAAAGAGGACAUCGAGGUGGUCAUGAACGCGGACCGGGUCCUCAUGGACAUGUUGAAUCAGAGUGAUAUUAAGACCAGUCCGCUCUCACUGCCCGCGCAGAGGGCCAGCGCGACCUACGAGGAGACUGUCAAAGAGUUGAUCCACGACGAGAAGCAAUAUCAGCGAGAUCUCCAUAUGAUCAUACGCGUCUUUCGCGAGGAGCUGGUGAAGAUUGUGUCGGAUCCCAAGGAGCUCGAGCCAAUAUUCUCCAACAUAAUGGACAUCUACGAGGUGACGGUAACUCUGCUCGGAUCUCUGGAGGAUGUCAUCGAGAUGUCCCAGGAGCAGAACGCCCCCUGGGUGGGCAGCUGCUUCGAGGAGCUGGCGGAGGCCGAGGAAUUCGAUGUGUACAAAAAGUAUGCCCACGACGUGACCUCCCAGGCGUCACGGGAUGCGCUUACCAAUCUCUUAUCCAAGCCUGGGGCCUCAUCCUUAAUUUCUGCCGGGCACGGUUUUAGAGAUGCCGUCAAGUAUUAUCUGCCCAAGCUGCUGCUGGUGCCCAUUUGCCAUGCUUUCGUGUACUUCGAUUACAUAAAACAUCUAAUGGAUCUCAGCUCCUCGCAGGACGACAUCGAGAGCUUUGAACAGGUGCAGGGCCUCUUGCAUCCACUCCACUGCGACCUCGAAAAGGUGAUGGGCAGCGUCUCCAAGGAGCGCCUGGUACCUGUCAGUGGGCGAGUGCGUCGCCAGCUGGCCAUCGAACGGACACGAGAACUCCAGCUCAAGGUGGAGCAUUGGGAUGACAAGGAUGUGGGCCAGAACUGCAAUGAGUUUAUACGCGAGGACUCGCUCAGCAAGCUGGGAUCGGGCAAGCGCAUUUGGAGCGAGCGAAAAGUCUUUCUGUUCGAUGGUCUUAUGGUCCUGUGCAAGGCAAACACCAAGAAGCAGACCCCCUCGGCAGGGGCCACGGCCUACGAUUACCGGCUGAAGGAGAAGUUCUUUAUGCGUCGCGUCGAGAUCAUUGACCGGGCGGACAGCGAGGAGCUGAAGAACAGCUUCGAGCUAGUCACCAGAAUGCAGCCGGCCAUUGUCCUGACGGCCAAGAACGCCCAGCACAAGCACGACUGGAUGGCAGACCUUCUGAUGGUGAACACCAAGUCGAUGCUGGACCGCAUCCUGGACAGCAUACUGCAGGACAUCGAGCGCAAGCAUCCCCUGCGCAUGCCUAGCCCAGAGAUCUACAAGUUCGCCGUUCCGGAUAGCGGGGAGAACAUCGUCUUGGAGGAGCGCGAGAGCGCUGGAGUCCCGAUGAUCAAAGGGGCCACACUGUGCAAGCUCAUCGAACGCCUCACCUACCACAUAUAUGCGGACCCCACCUUUGUGCGCACCUUCCUCACGACAUAUCGCUACUUCUGCUCGCCCCAGCAGCUGCUGCAGCUGCUGAUCGAACGCUUCAACAUACCCGACCCCAGUUUAGUCUAUCAGGACGCUGCCUUUGGCCCGGGAGCCCUUGGUGGCGGCGGCGGGGGCGACAAGGAGCACAAGAACUCGCAGCGCGAGGACUGGAAACGCUACCGCAAGGAGUACGUUCAGCCGGUGCAGUUUCGGGUGCUCAACGUUCUGCGCCACUGGGUGGAUCACCACUUCUAUGACUUUGAGAAGGAUCCCACUCUGCUCGAGAAGCUGCUGCACUUUCUGGAGCAUGUGAACGGGAAGUCGAUGCGCAAGUGGGUGGAUUCUGUGCUCAAAAUUGUUCAGAGAAAGAACGAACAGGAGAAAAGCAAUAAGAAGAUUGUGUACGCCUAUGGCCACGAUCCGCCGCCCAUUGAGCACCACAUGAGUGUACCCAACGAGGAGAUCACACUGCUCACCCUCCAUCCGUUGGAGCUGGCCCGUCAGCUCACGCUGUUGGAGUUUGAGAUGUACAAGAACGUGAAGCCCUCGGAGCUCGUGGGCUCGCCCUGGACCAAGAAGGACAAGGAGCUAAAGAGCCCCAAUCUGCUGAAGAUCAUGAAGCACACCACCAAUGUGACGCGUUGGAUAGAGAAGUCCAUAACCGAGGCGGAGAACCACGAGGAGCGCCUGGCAAUAAUGCAGCGGGCCAUCGAGGUGAUGAUGGUCAUGCUCGAGCUGAACAACUUCAAUGGAAUCCUUUCGAUUGUCGCGGCCAUGGGCACGGCGUCGGUCUACCGGCUGCGGUGGACAUUCCAGGGAUUGCCCGAACGCUACAAGAAGUUCCUGGACGAGUGCCGCGAGCUUAGCGACGAUCAUCUCAAGAAGUAUCAAGAGCGGCUGCGCUCCAUCAAUCCGCCUUGCGUGCCCUUCUUUGGGCGCUACCUGACCAACAUCCUGCACUUGGAGGAGGGCAACCCGGAUCUGUUGGCCAACACGGAGCUUAUCAAUUUCUCGAAGCGGCGGAAAGUGGCCGAAAUCAUCGGCGAGAUCCAGCAGUACCAGAACCAGCCCUACUGCCUCAAUGAGGAGUCCACCAUACGGCAGUUCUUCGAGCAGCUCGAUCCCUUCAACGGCCUCUCCGACAAGGAAAUGUCCGACUAUCUCUACAAUGAGAGCAUGCGCAUCGAGCCGCGUGGCUGCAAGACGGUGCCCAAGUUUCCUCGAAAAUGGCCGCACAUUCCGCUUAAGUCGCCGGGCAUUAAGCCCCGUCGCCAAAACCAGAAUAAUAACAGCAGUAAGUUAUCCAGCAACGCUUCAUCGGCGGCAGCCUCAUCGGCGGCAUCAACGGUAGCGGCAGCAGCAGCAGCCGCAACAGCAGCUGUGCCCCCAACACAACCAGCGAGCGUGGAAGUGCUACCGAGUGGUGCAUCCAUUCCCAGCGCUGGUGCUGGCGAACAGAGUCCGCAGCACAAUCCGCACGCGUUCUCGGUUUUCGCCUCCGUCAUUCUACCCGAUCGGAAUGGCAGCACUUGGAGCGGAACACCUCUGCAUCAUCGGACAACAGCGGAGAACAAUGAGGAGGUUGUGGUGCCGGCGCCACAUCUGCCCAAGAAGCCGGCGGCGCAUGUGUGGACCAACAAUGUGGCAAUGAUGAAUGCUACGGCGUCGGCGAUGGAUGUGUUUAGUCCAGUGAUGUCGGAUCACCAUGCGCUGCCCCCACAAUCGCUGCCAGACAGCAACCCCUUUGCCGUAGGCUCAGACACAGAUGCCCUGCCUUCGCCGUUGCCCAAGCUGAUGGUUAGUCCUCGCCACGAGACUGGCAAUCGGUCACCAUUCCAUGGGCGGAUGCAAUACAGUCCCACGCAUAGCAUUGCCAGCACUGUGACUCUGACGGGAGUGAGCGGAGUCGGAGCCGGAGUCGGAGCUGGAGGAGAUCUCAGCCCUCAGAUGGGUGGAUUCUACUACAACAACGCCCACCAGGGACAGACAGGGGCAGUGCCCAUCUCGCCGCAUGUCAAUGUUCCAACGGCCUCAAUCCUGGACUAUCGAGCUGUGCCCCCCCCACUGCCGCCACGUCGCAAGGAGCGGACCGAGAGCUGUGCCGAUAUGGCGCAGAAGCGGCAGGCACCUGACGCACCGACAUUACCCCCGCGCGAUGGCGAACUGAGUCCUCCCCCCAUACCGCCCCGACUCAACCAUUCCACGGGCACUAUAUCCGUACGACACAGCCAUGGCCAGAGCAAGGAGUUCGCGAGUUCGUGCAAGAGCGGCCUACUCCUGCCCAACACAAGCAGUAUUAUGAUACGCCGGAACUCGGCGAUCGAGAAGCGGGCAGCAGCGGCUGCCCAUCAGCCUGGUCCGACUGCAGUGGCGACUGCAGCUGCUUUGGCGGGGUCGGUGAUGGGGUCCAUUAACACGACGUUGGUCACAGUAUCACAGUCAGUGCCGACUGAAGAGCAGCCGCCGCAAUCGAUCUCGCCAGCACUGAGCUCCUCGACAACUACAUCACCGCUGACACCCGCAACGCCCAUCUCCCCGAACAUUCCCAGCCAUCCAGUGGAGAGUACGACAAGCGGUUAUACGCACCAGCUUCGUUUAAGGUCCCAGCAGCAGCAUCAGCAGCAGUCGCAGCAAGCAUUGUCGCAUCCAGCGGCGUAUGCACAGCACCAUCAUACCCACCACACGCACCAUCCACCCCACCACAAUCAACAACAUCAACAGCAUCAGCAGCAUCAACAGCAUCAGCAUCAUCAACAGCAUCAACAACAUCAUCAACAGCAUGCAAAUCAAUUACACACACGCUCGUCCCCAAAGGAAUUCUUUCCGAUUGCCACGAGCCUCGAGGGCACACCCAAACUUCCACCAAAACCUAGUCUAAGCGCUAACUUCUAUAACAAUCCAGAUAAAGGUACGAUGUUUCUUUACCCAAGUACAAACCAAGAAUAAUAUAAUUGCCUGGCGAUGUGAUAGGACAAACGAAACUGCGAUCCGAUCAUAGUAGAGCAUGCUGCAGCAAAUGCAGACACAUACAUAUGUAUAAGUACCAUGUACAUGACACGUGCGAUAUUGCGCAUGUAUGGUAUGUACAAUUUGUAGGUAUUCAGUGCAUACAUAUACACAUAUAUGCUAAAACGGACCGAGUUGGAUCUGAUGACUUGUAUUAUUCGAAACUCAUUGAACACACUACCCAACCACACAACACCCAGCACCCACCACCCACCAUUCGCUGACACUCAGUCACGUCACAGCCAAUAAACGAAAAAUGCAAAUACCGAAAUUAUGUUAUUAUAUAAUUCUUAUUAUAAAUAUUUGUAAAUAUCGAGAACAUUGUAUUGAUCGUAGAACGUAAACAAAAUAAAUCAUAACACUAUUGUUAGACAGCU